ACAUCCUGCUCGCCUGAAAGAUAAUAGCAUGCUACAACAAAAGCAACAUGGUUUCGUAGUAGGCCGUCGAUACGCGCUCAUAAUAAUUCGUAAAUUAUAUAGAGCAAGCGCGAAACAUGUCGGCCAGUCGUCGCUUGCUAGGUGUUCGUAAUGCUUCGUUUGCACCGCAGUUGGGAAUUGAAGGUUUGGUGAUGUCUCUCAGUCCCAGCUCAAAUUCUCGGCCCCAAGCCCAACUCCAUGCCUGCACAAUCCGACAUGACUCACUAUUCAAGGCCGUGUGGGACUGGAUUAUACUUGCGCUUGUCAUAUUCACAGCGAUAGAGAUUCCUUUCUCUGUGGCUUUUCUAAUGCCUCUACAAAAAGAUAGAGAAGAGGAACUAGAAGAAAAAACAAAAGGAGACUGGAGCUUUCUCAAAGUUACCCCGCUGCUCGUCUUUAACCUCUGUGUGGACCUCAUGUUUAUUAUCGACAUUUUCAUUAAUUUUAGGACAACUUUUAUCAAAUUAAACACGGAUGAAGUCAUAAGUAAUCCAAAGCAAAUUGCUCUCCAUUAUUUGAAAACCUGGUUUGUGGUGGAUUUUGUCGCAGCUAUACCUUUUGAAUUCAUGAUCACAACCAAGGUUGAUUCGGCAACAACAUUAUUUGGACUUCUUAAGACCGCACGUCUAUUGCGCCUGGUGAGAGUGGCGCGAAAACUGGACCGCUACUCAGAGUAUGGCUUAGCGGUAGUCAUAUUGCUCACGUGUCUCUUCACCCUAAUCGCCCAUUGGCUGGCUUGUAUCUGGCAUGGUAUUGGCUACUCAGAGAAAAGGAAUGACAUGGGAUGGAUACAAGAGCUAACGAAAAACUUAAACCUGAAUAGUAAUACAACAGGUCCAGAUCUCCAGACUCGCUACAUUACCGCUUUGUACUUUACUCUUAGCAGCCUGACAAGUGUUGGAUUUGGAAAUGUUUCCCCAAACACUGACGCUGAGAAAAUAUUUUCAGUUUGCGUAAUGAUAAUUGGUGCUCUCAUGUACGCCUCCAUAUUUGGUAAUCUCACUGCUAUCAUCCAAAGACUUUACUCGCGUGCGUCCCGUUUUCACCGAGAUUUGAGAGUCAUCGAGGACUUUGUCCGCUUUUACAAAAUACCAAAGGCCACCAAAGAGGAGUUGGACGAGUAUUUUAGGCACGAAUGGGCUUAUACUAAAGGUGUUGACAUGGAAACGGUACUCAACCGCUUCCCAGAAUCCCUUCAAGCUGACGUUUGUCUCCAUUUACACAGAAAUUUAUUCACAGAAUGCGGGGCCUUCAAAACCGCUAGCGAAGGCUGUUUGCGGGCUCUUGCGCUGCGGUUCAAGAUUCGACAUUACCUGCCGGGUCAUUUCAUCAUUAAACAAGGGGACGAAGUGAAGCGACUUUACUUCAUAGCCAAAGGGAACAUUGAAGUUGUGAAAUCUGACGAGACCAUGUUAACAUUAGGCAAGGGUGAUGUCAUAAGUUGUGAUUACAGCACGGUACAGAGUAUGUACAUCCCAAAGGCUAACGCCAGUCUUCGAGUUCAAACACACUGUGAAAUCCAUUCUGUUGCCUGGUGCGAGUUAGUUGCAGUUUUAAAGGCUUACUCGUCGUUUCGAGAAGAGUUCAUCACACACCUCGAGUUGGCUUACAAUCUUGGUCACGAAGAAGAGGAAGAUGAAAUUAUCCUUUAUAAUGAAGAGAUAAACCUAGGGUCUCGCAGACUAUCAAACGCCAGAUCAACAUUUUCGUCGCGCUCAGGAGUUGAUAAACUUGAACGAACAGGCUCACCAACUUUUAUGAUAAAUGGCCGAAUAUCUCAACACCAAAAUUCACCUGUUGUCAAUUUACAUUCUCGCCAUCCUGCGGGAGGAAGUGAGCCCAAAAUUCACACUCUUAUGCCAUCAAUCCAUUCCACUCUUCCAUCAUUACACUCGCAUUUAACUUCAACUCGAGAUCACUGUACGCACGGAAGAGAACUUAAAGUUCUCGAACAGCGGAUUGAUAAAAUGGAAGCACGGUUGAUAGCUAUGGAAGACCGACUGACCGCAAAUUUUGAGACAAUUUUAUCUCACUUACGAAGCAACGGCAGUGGUGGCUCCGCACCUGAUCUUAGAGACACAAACGUUUGACGGGCUAAUGAGUGAUGAUUUGGUCACGUGAUCCAUUUACGCAAUUUUCAAGAUCAACGAAGUGCCUUGCUUAUUGAGGUUAUUGGCGCUGUUGUAAAUAAAGUGAAAAUGGUGAUCAUAUCUAGUUGUAUAAAGCUUUAAAAGCUAACGAGAGACAUUUAUCGGGGCGUGAGACAUUUAUCGAGGCAUGUGUACAUUGUAUAAACAAUUCCGCAUGCCACGAGUACAGCCCUUAAAAUUGAGUCAAACAACGUGUCAAUCCAAGGAUGACAAAAAAUAAAUUCAUUUUGUAGCAGGACGUGUAUCCAUAGAGUAAAUUGUUUAAGGAGAAAUUUAUUCCUUCUUACUCUAUUUACAACUUCUUUUCACUCUCACAACGGUUUGGACAUCGCUAAAGGUGGCAGUAUGGUGCAUGCGUGUUGUAUAUGAAGAUAAUAAUAGUCAGGCCCAUUAUAGAGGUCUCUGUGGCUCAUUGACAGAGAAUCAGGGCUCAGAAUCCAAACUCCAAUGGACAGAUUCCUUGUUGAGGACCCUGUGACUGUUUAUGACCGAGUUUAAAGUUGCCAUCUUUAUUGUUCUUGUAGCUUGCUCAUUUUGUACAGAGUUAAUGUAAAUUAAGCUAUACCAUUCUGUUCUUGAAUUUACUAUGCUGCAAUGCCUUCAUCGGUUUUUUACUUCGUAUGUUGGAGCUGUUAACCAGUAUUCCUGAUUGUAAAAUUAUUUUUAUCGCAUAAAAAAACUCGUUCAGCUUUAAUCAAUUACAUUGAAGCCUCUAACAACCGAAAGUUAACCAUUGAAAAUAUGUUUGACGACAGACCAUUACGGCUUUCAUUAAGUUGUUCACGUUACUUAACACACUUUUAGCGCAUUUCAAAGUUUUCACCUGAUCUAACUGGUAAUGAUGCUAUUAUUGUGAGUGACACUACUUCAGCUCAGUGGAGAACAUAAACUUUUCAAAUGAAACUCUUUUGGUUAAAAAAAAAACCCCAAUAUAUUCAUUUCCGUGGGUUUAUUUAUACUGAUUUUGAGAACAAAUCUAUUUGAAUACUUUUUCACAAGUUUUUUGUCAGGCAAGAUAGAUAAAUAAAUACAUAAUCUAGAAACUGAUAAAUGGUA